UUUAUUUGGAGGUAAUGUAAUAUUUUGACACUUUUUAAUUAUCUUUCUAGGUGAGACAGGCUACAAACCAGAUUGUUAUGAACUGUGCUGACAUUGACAUCAUUACAGCCUCUUUUUCACCAGAAGGAGGCGAAGAGAUAAGUGCUACUGGAUUCAACUAUCAGAAUGAGGAUGAAAAGGUUACUUUGUCUUUCCCCAGUGCUCUUCAGAAAGGUUCUGGUAUUUUGAGGAUCGACUAUGUUGGAGAGCUAAAUGACAAAAUGAAAGGCUUCUAUAGAAGUAAAUACACAGCCCCUUCGGGAGAAGUGCGCUUUGCUGCUGUCACACAGUUUGAGGCUACAGAUGCUCGCAGAGCCUUUCCUUGCUGGGAUGAGCCAGCUAUCAAAGCCACCUUUGACAUCACGCUUAUUGUUCCCAAGGACCGGGUAGCCCUGUCAAAUAUGAAUGUUAUAGAUCGUAAGCCGUAUCCCAAUGAUGAGAGUCUUGUAGAGGUGAAGUUUGCCAGGACUCCUGUCAUGUCCACUUAUCUGGUUGCGUUUGUUAUUGGCGAAUACGAUUUUGUGGAAAGUCGAUCUUCCGAUGGUAUAACAGUGCGUGUUUACACACCUGUUGGAAAGGCUGAACAAGGAAAAUUCGCUCUUGAAGUUGCAACGAAGACCUUACCUUUUUACAAAGACUACUUUAACGUUCCAUAUCCUCUGCCUAAAAUUGAUCUCAUAGCGAUUGCUGAUUUUGCUGCUGGUGCCAUGGAAAACUGGGGUCUUGUUACCUACAGGGAGACUGCACUGCUCAUCGACCCCAAGAACUCAUGUUCAUCCUCCCGACAGUGGGUGGCGCUGGUGGUGGGACAUGAGUUGGCACAUCAGUGGUUUGGCAACCUGGUCACUAUGGAAUGGUGGACCCACCUCUGGCUGAAUGAAGGCUUUGCAUCCUGGAUCGAGUAUCUCUGCGUGGAUCACUGUUUCCCCGAGUAUGAUAUUUGGACGCAGUUCGUGUCAGCAGACUAUACCCGAGCGCUUGAACUGGAUGCGUUGGACAACAGCCACCCUAUUGAGGUCAGUGUUGGGCACCCAUCAGAAGUGGACGAGAUUUUUGAUGCAAUAUCCUACAGUAAGGGAGCGUCAGUUAUAAGAAUGCUGCACAGCUACAUUGGAGAUGAGGACUUUAGGAAAGGAAUGAACUCUUACCUUCUGAAGUUUCAGCAUAAAAAUGCUUCCACGGAGCACCUGUGGGAGUGUCUGGAAGAGGCCAGUGGGAAGCCAGUGGGUGCUGUUAUGAGCUCCUGGACCACACAGAUGGGCUUCCCCAUCAUUGUUGUGGAUGAAGAACAGCAAGGAGAAGAUCGUGUGCUGAAAAUUUCACAGAAAAAAUUUUGUGCCAGUGGACUCCAUGAUGGUGAGAACUGUCCUACCUGGAUGGUGCCCAUCAGCAUCUGCACCAGUGAGGACCCAAGCUGCACCAAGCUCAGCUUAUUGCUGGACAGUGCAGAGACAACAGUCAGCCUCAGUAACAUACCAACCAGCAACUGGCUGAAGAUCAACCCUGGUACGGUGGGGUUCUACCGGGUCCAGUACAGUUCAGCAAUGCUGGAAAGCCUAUUGCCAGCCAUUCGAGAUUUGACUUUGCUUCCUGUGGAUCGACUUGGUCUUCAAAAUGACCUCUUUUCCCUGGCCCGCGCUGGCAUGAUCAGCACCGUCGAGGUCCUGAAGCUGAUGGAAGCUUUUGUUAAUGAGCCCAACUACACAGUGUGGAGUGACCUGAGCUGUAACCUUGGUGUGCUGUCUUCACUGCUUUCUCAUACGGAUUUCCAUGAGGAAAUACAGGAUUUAAUCCGUGAUCUCUUUACCCCGGUUGGAGAAAACUUGGGUUGGGAUAGUAAACAAGGGGAAGGCCAUCUAGAUGCCCUGCUCAGAGGGCUCGUUCUUGGGAAGCUCGGAAAGGCAGGACACAAACCCACACUGGAAGAGGCUCGUCGACGGUUCAAGGACCACGUGGAGGGCAAAAACACCCUCUCUGCUGACCUCAGGAGUCCAGUGUAUCUGACCGUCCUGAAGCACGGGGACAGUGGGACAUUGGACACAAUGAUGAAGCUGCACAAGCAGGCAGAUAUGCAAGAGGAGAAAAAUCGCAUUGAAAGAGUACUAGGGGCCAUCUCCUCCCCAGAGCUGAUCCAGAAAGUCCUGGCCUUUGCCCUGUCGGAUGAGGUGCGUCCCCAAGAUACGGUUUCUGUAAUCGGGGGUGUAGCCAGCAGUAGUAAACAUGGCCGGAAAGCUGCUUGGAAGUUUGUGAAAGACAACUGGGAUGAGCUCCACAACCGGUACCAGGGUGGCUUUCUCAUCUCCCGACUCAUCAAGCUUUCUGUUGAUGGAUUUGCGGUGGACAAGAUGGCUGCUGACGUAAAGAGUUUCUUCGAGAGCCACCAAGCGCCUGCAGCCGAGCGCACAAUCCAGCAGUGCUGUGAGAACAUCCUGUUGAACGCCGCCUGGCUCAAGCGUGACGCUGACGACAUCCACGAGUAUCUGCUGAAGCGCAAGACCCAGCCUGCCAGCCCAUCCGUUUGACCCAAAGACAGACAGACAGACAUAUAGAGACAGACAGACACGUCAGCGAGAAUGAGACAGGAAGCCUAGACACGCAGAUGCAGACAUGCGGAUGGCCCUCCGCUUUUUGGGUGAAUGCUCACAUAUUUUUAAUCUUGCAGAAACACUGGAGAAAUAGAACCUACUAUGAAAAUAAAUACUUAGUAAAAUGCCAUUUAACAGCUGAAUGUAGUAAUCUCUGUACUGCCCUAAUGAGAUCGUCUUCAAACAUAUUCCACAGCAAAUGUGUUUUUAUUUUUUUGCAAAGCUCUCAUAGACAUCUGCAUCCACACUGACGAGUGCUAAAACAGACAAUAUGGCUGCUCCGGCUUGGAGAAGAAAGUACUGUUAUGCUUUUGCUAAACUGCUCCUUCGGAUUUGGGGUGGUAGAUAAAGAGCUCUGGUGGAGGGUUGCGUCUCUGCAUAUCUUGCACGCUUGUUUCUAUGCGUGUGGUUAUGUAUUUGCAUUAUAAACACCUAAAGCUUGUAUGAUGUAUGAGGAUUUCCUUCCGUACUUUUCCGGUGUGAAAAAAGCCCAUAUACCAUCUAUUCAAAUCUAUUGACAGCUGGACACUUUUUGGAUAAAUUACAGAAAAGUAACAUUUCCUUCACUUAAUAAUAGAUUUGUUUCAUAUUUUAAAAUAAUAUUUAGGUGUCUGAUUUUGUGCUAAUUAUUGCAGAUUUCAAAAGGGAGAAAAAUGGUAAAAUCAAGCACCCCCCUCACAGAAGACUAGUUUCACUUGAUAUAAUUAAAUGAUGCUAAAUGAAUGGUCUGGUCCCAAUCUAUGACCACUACUCAUACACGGUUAUCGAACUACACAUUGAAACCUUAAAUUGGUUUUAAUUAGUAUGAAAAAGUUAUUACUCUUUAAAGUGGUUUCUGCAAUUAAAAUGAAAGCAAUGUUGUGUGAACAUUGCAUAUCUACAUGUGACUUAUUGGAUGAAUAAGCAGAAUUUGCAAUUUGGUGUAGUGCUGGAGAAGGUCAAAUUGUUGGACAGCUUCCCUGAAACAUUUCUUGUGGUUUGCUUUUUAAACAACGUUGGUCUUCAUAAAAUAAAAUCGAAAACCUUAUAUAAAAUUAGUGCUGUUUCGUCUAUUUUCCUGCUUUUGUAUUUUAGCUUUUUUUUGUCAUUUAGAAAUAUUGCAAAUAAUUGAGCAUGUUUUCAACAAAAAAAACAUGAACUUCAGUUAAGUAAACUGAAUAAAUACAUUCACAUACACAUGAAAUUUUUAAAAGAGCAGAAGAGGGCAAGAACACAACUUAACUUCAGUACACACAAGAAUAUUGUAUGUGAUGUGUAUAGUGUAUGACACAAGGUAUAAAACAAAUAUUCAAUAUUUUGUAGUUUGUUAUUUUUCAGUGCAUUUUUUGUAAAAAAAAAAAAAAAAUUCCUUUUCAUUGAUUUUUAUAUAGCAUCUUUUUUCCAGUAUCAUCGCUCUAGGGUACUUAACUUUCAGAAACACUUGUAAUUCAACAUGAAACAAAGCAAUAAGUCUGUGAUACUUUGUGAAUAGUUUCACAUAUUGAAAGAUAUUGACUAUAGGCUCAUAUUGAAGGUAACGCUUUAGUUGUUACUAUAUUUAUAGGAGACCACAGAAUUGGGUGUUUUUUACCCUCAUAUCAACAAAAAUAUAAAACUGUGUUAAGAAUGUUAGGUAUCAUACUGUAAAAUAGCAUUAUUCUCUGAGACAAGAUAUGUUUUACUAAUAUGGGUCAGCCUGAGACACUGUCAAAGCUUGCAAUGCCAUUAGUUACCUGAUAGCUAUGUUUUGUUUAAUGGGUUUUAUUUGUGCAAGGGAAAGCCAUUACAUUUCAUUGAGUUAGUAAUAUUUAUGCCAUUUUCCGUUUAAUGUUUCUUUAGCAAUAUAUUGUUUUUGAAGAUCUUGUUCCAGUGCUGCACACUGAAAAAAUAAAAAGACAAUCUGUUUUUAUUUAUAGGAAAAUGUUCUCAUGAGAGAACUUAUGAACUAUUCUUAAAAAAUAAGGGGAGGUGGUCUGGUUCUGUGGAUCUCUCACUCACUGUCACAUGUUCUGUCCAAAUCUGUAUUCAUAAUUUUACUGAACUUUCUGCUAGCAUGGUGUCCGUUUUGUUUUUCCACAUUUCUUGGCAAAGCAUCAACAAUAAAUCCAUGAAAAAUAAA